CAACAACUGCAGAGGUUUUCCAAUGCAUGCAAAGGAAUUCCACAGGUACAAAAAACAUUCGGAGUGAAUGUUGCUGUUUCAUGUUGUGCAUAGAGCAUUGACAAAUUGAUGCAUAGUAAUCACAGAGAAAAUUAUGUUGGCGUAAAGUACUAACAAAGUUUUUUCAAAAAUAAAAAUAAACCAUGACAGCAUAAAUGAAUUCUUGCACACACACACACACACACACAGACACAAAAAGUGAGUCCGAAGUUGUCGGAUCCAAAUAAUGUAUACGCAGUUUAAGUUCACUGUCUACUGACUUGUGCCCUGGCUGUGAUAACUAUAAAUUUACAGUGCUUUGGUUUUUUUCUGAAGUUUCAAUUCCCUUCAAAGUCUUUUGUACUUUUCUUUAUUUUUUUACUAGAGAAUAUUGAGUUUGACUUUUCAGUUUUUCCAUGUACAUCAGAAAACCUGCAAAUUAUGAAUUUGAUUAACCAUUUGAUUGUCAUGAGAUACUUAUUACUUGCUCAUCCAAAAUAAAAAUAAAAAUGAAAUACUUAUUUUCAUUAUUUUCAGUCAGCUAUAUCCAUUAUUUUCAAAGAUUAUCGCAAUUCCUUUUUAACAUGCAGAAGUAUGAGGGUUAUCCAUCUGGUUCAAUGGUUGACUUCGCUUGUGAUGCCUAUGGAUCUCCAAUAUUAGCAAUCAGCAGCUUGGCAGUUCAUACCAAGGACCUUGUAGCUAAUCCAAAAUGCUCUUUGCUUGUAGCAAAAGAUCCUGAGGAUAGGACUGAUUUAAUUAUAACCCUGUCUCUGAAAAUGAUAGAGAAGCUAUCAGUACUGCAUACUUGGCAAGGCAUCCAAUGCAUUCUGGGUAACUUUUUUGGCCACUUGUUUUUUAGCAUGCAUGCCUAAAUCUAAUUCUUUACUCUUUAAAAUUUCAGCAAAAUAUAUGAUGAUUGAACAUUAACAUAUGGUUAGAUCAGAUUUAGUAGUAAAAUCUCAUAUUGUACCCUGAAUUUUCUUUGACUCUU